AAGUAUUCUUGGUUCUCCCUUUCCCAGCUUUACAUGUGUUACACAUGAAGAUGAGGCUGAGAACGCGGAAAGCUUCUCAGCAGGCGAAUCAAAUUCACACCCAACGCGCUCUGAGGGCGAAGAGGAAACACUCGGAGGUGGAGGAGAGCUUACCUGGUGGCGGAGGAAAACCUCAGAAAAAUGAAACCGGCUUGUUGUCUUCGAUCAAAAAGUUUAUUAAAGGAAGCACACCCAAGGAAGAAAGAGAAAAUCCUGCAAAAAGAAGUAGAAUUGAACGGGAUAUCGAUAACAACUUGAUUACAUCCACACCUCAGACAGGAGAAAAGCCUAAUAAACAGAUCUCUCGAGUACGGCGGAAAAGUCAAAUGAAUGGAGAAGCUGCAAGUUAUGAAAUGACAAACCAACAUGUAAAGCAAAAUGGAAAAUUGGAAGAUAAUCCUACCACGGGCAGUCCCCCACGAACAACAUUACUGGGAACCAUAUUUUCUCCUGUUUUCAAUUUUUUUUCACCAGCAAAUAAAAAUGGAACAUCAGGAUCAGAUUCUCCGGGACAAGCUGUUGAAGCUGAAGAAAUAGUCAAGCAGCUGGACAUGGAGCAGGUCGAUGAGAUCACGACAAGCACCGCCACAUCCACCAACGGGGCAGCUUACACCAGCCAGGCCGGGCAGGUCCGGGCCCCCGUCAACAACGGCUUGGAGGAAGCGGAGGAAGCGACCGACCGGGACCUGCCGCCCCUCACAGCACCAGUAUCUCCAGACAGUGGCUACUCAUCAGCUCACGCAGAAGCCACCUAUGAAGAAGACUGGGAAGUCUUUGAUCCAUAUUAUUUCAUCAAACACGUCCCACCACUAACAGAAGAACAACUUAACAGGAAGCCAGCUCUGCCACUGAAAACAAGAAGCACACCAGAAUUCUCAUUAGUUCUAGACUUGGAUGAAACACUAGUGCACUGUAGUCUAAACGAAUUAGAAGAUGCUGCACUCACUUUUCCAGUUCUUUUUCAAGAUGUCAUUUACCAGGUGUAUGUCCGGUUAAGGCCAUUCUUCCGAGAAUUCCUGGAACGUAUGUCUCAGAUUUAUGAGAUCAUUCUUUUUACCGCUUCUAAGAAGGUGUAUGCAGACAAGUUAUUGAACAUACUAGACCCUAAAAAGCAACUGGUCAGGCAUCGACUUUUCCGUGAGCAUUGUGUUUGUGUACAAGGAAAUUACAUAAAGGAUUUGAACAUUCUCGGUAGAGAUCUUUCAAAAACGAUCAUCAUUGACAAUUCACCGCAAGCCUUUGCUUAUCAGCUUUCAAAUGGAAUCCCUAUAGAAAGCUGGUUCAUGGAUAAAAAUGACAACGAACUUCUAAAAUUGAUUCCAUUUCUGGAGAAACUUGUAGAGCUGAACGAAGACGUGCGGCCUCACAUCAGAGACAGAUUUCGCUUGCAUGACUUGCUACCCCCGGAUUAAAGCCUUUUGUCUGAUUCCUGAAGGGGGAGAAAAUGCAGGACCCUUUUGGACUAAAACAAAACAUUGCCAUUACUGUUGAAAUUUUGCAUUUUUGUACCCCGUCUUGCUUUUCUUAUCUUUGGUGCCCAACAAUAAUCAAGGGUUACAGGAAGAGACUUUGGAUGUUGGAGGUUGAACACACCCAGUACAAUCCAGUACCGCGCGGGAGGUAGGCUAGAACAGAAAAGUCUUUAGAACUAGUGCAACUCCAAGGAAAAUUUUUUAAUGUACAGGACAUCUGCAGUUUAUAAAGAAUUCUGUUUCUGCCACCAGCAGUUUGACCUGUAGAAACACAGGAUUUUAUGAUAUAACAGAGAUUGAAAAUGGACUCUGAUUUUCUCUCUGUUCGGUGCUCUAAGUGGGUUUGUAGCCACUUUUCUGUUACUUUUAAGAUUCUCAUUUCAACAGGAAUGGCCAGUAAAAGUUGUUUUAUUUUUUCCUGUUAAGGUUUAUAACCUUUUUACAUUUUUGACCUGUAUUAGAUUAGAAUUUCAUUAUGCAUUCCUUUUAGUUGAGGCGCUUCAUAGUUUUUUCUGGAAAUAGCCAAAUUUUCUUAGUUUUUUUAUUAAACAGUUGGAUGGCCGUUUUCCUGCUUCGUCUGCCUGCAUACUGUAUAUUUGUUUCCAGAUAUUCUCUAGUUUUUAGUCCAUGUAAGUUUCAUUUAGAAAGAAAAAAAAAAAAAACAAAAAAACCAACCCUGCAUUUAUAUUUUCUUUCUGUAAUAUUCUACUGUAGUUGAAAUCUUUUCAAAAACAAAAUCAAGAGACUGGCUAGAUAAGAAGAAUAUAUGAAUUACUAAUAUUCAGAAUAUUUUAAACCAUUGUGAUGGCACGUGCCCUGGAUGGCCGAUCCCCUGCGGUGGCACAGACGGACGGACAAGGGAUACCUCGGGCGCCGCCGUGCAGGUCUCCAGAGCAGAGCCAGGCUGGGCACCGGUAGGUUGGGUGCGAUGCGAUUCCUGCUGCCUUCUCUCUCCUGCGAGACCCCCGGUCCCGCAGCGGCUCCGUGUUGGGGGGUGUGGGGCAGGGGCUGCCGGGGCCGCCCGGUGCCGCUGCCGGUGUCCCCGCGGCGUGCCAGCUCCCGCCGCCUGCUAUCAUACUGGUUUGCUAUGGAAAUAGUCUCUCAGCCUUGGGUCUCUAAUGCAGCUACUACAGAGGUCGAUAUUUUUAUAACGGGGUGUAAUCUCCUUUUCGGGAGGCUUUUUAUGGAAGGGAUAAUUUGUAAAAGUGAGGACGCUUUGCCUCUCGACUGCAUUAACGCGCCCCAGGCUCAGACUGUUUUUGUGUAAAAGAUGUCACAGAACGGCACUUUUUCUAAAGAGAAGUUUGAUAUUUUGUAUGCUUGUUAAGAAAGUACAGUAUUGGAAAUUAAAGGUGGACAACUGAUAAUUGAGAAGUAUGUCAAUUAAUUUUUUAUGUAUAUUACCUGUUUACUUGUACAAUUUUAUUGUACAAAUUACAUGCAGCUUCAUUUUCAAAUGAGUCCUUAAAAUAAGGAAAAUCUUUUUAGGAAAACAUUUAAUUUUUGUAUUUUUGAUUUUAAAAGGCAUGAGUUAUGUCAACUUUUUCCAGUGUAUUAAUGAAGAUUUUAACUUUUCAUCAGGUUGAGUGUUUUCUUACUAUAUUAUCUGUUGUGUAUGUAGUUAGCACAUUGUGUCACUGAACUGUUUAAAGAACUUAGCAUGUAGAGCAAGCCUGUUUUGUGGAAAAUCCUUAUUCAUUAAAAAAAAAAAAUCAUCAUGGCAGAUUUUCUGCAAAAAAGUGAAAACAUUUGCAAUUCAGAAUACUGAUUUUUUUUGUAUUUAAAGAAAGGUAUUUUGCUUGCAGGAAAGAAAUACUACAGAUUCAUUUUAAUGAGAAUCUUUUAAAUGUAUUUAUCUUUAGGGCAUCUGGGCAUCUUUACGCUGUUUGUCUUAUGUCUUUAUUGAAAUAAAAUGUACAUAACAUUACCUUUAUAUAUGCUUUUGCGCAGACGUGUGAACCCUGUAACCAGCCCCGAGCCUUCCUGGUUUUAUGUCGAUAAGAUGGUUCUGGAAAUAUUUAUAGAUUUUGAAAAUGGUCAGCUUGUAUUUGAAUUGCUACAUGGUUUGCCAACUAUUUUUCAGUUGUUCCUUAAAAUGUAAAUCUAAAGCGGAGAUUUUUAAUUAGUUUAACAGUGAAUCCUUGGUUAAUGUGGAAUUCUUCCAAAUUCCUCCAAGUAACUGACGUAACAGAACUGCUUUAAAAUUCACUACUCUACCAGAAUGAAACGACUUUUGUUAAGUAGCUCAUCGCUUUUCUCCGACUGUAAAAAGAGCCAAUCAUCUGUUCAAAUAAUGUCCUUAACCACGUGGGUCCGAUCUUUGGCUAAAACCAUUCGAAAAGUGCUUUCUUUAGUUAAGGAAACCAAAGCAUACAUUGCACUUUACAGCUGUAUCUGUGUUGUGAUGAUCAGAUCAGUGAGGGAAAUCAAAAUGUAAAUGGAGGGAUUUAGCUCUACAUAGAUGCACAGCGACAGUAACAGAGACUGCUUAGUAAACAUAUUAAAUAUUAAUAUUUUAA